ACGGGCACGCUCCGAGUAGAAUGACAGCGAUUGUUAACAAUGUAGAACAGUUGUAUCGCAUGAUUGUUCUAAACACAUCGCUUGAUUUCCGUGGCACGGAUCUUCUUGGAAAUGAAAGUGCCGUUCAGAUAUGACGGAAUAUAUUUUGGCAAAAAAAAGUUUGAAUGGAGUUACUCGAAUGGAAAUGGACGAUUAUUUUGCCGAUUCUGAGAUCGAGAACCUUUACAGUUGGCUGGACAGGAUAGAAUUUUCCCGACCGAAGAAAAAUGUUGGGAAGGAUUUUUCCGAUGGAGUGCUGGUUGCGGAGGUGGUCCACCAUUACUUCCCCCGACUGGUGCAACUGCACAACUAUGCGCCCGCCAGCGCCCCCAAACAGAAGAUGGAGAACUGGUACUACCUCAACAGGCGUGUGUUAAAGAAGCUUGACCUUGACCUCUCUGAUGACAUCAUCAGGUCACUCUCCUACUGCAAAUCCAAAGUGGCCGAGAAAGUUCUGAUGAUGCUACGUCUCCAGAUAGACAGAGCUCUGGAUAAAUCAGCCCAGUUCCAGAAACGUUUCCCAAAUAACAACUUGUCACAAUCCAUGGAUAAUAUGGAGUUUCUAGUCAGCCCACGGCUACUGCCCAGUUCAAACGGCUCUCAACAAGGCAAAUCUAAAGUGUCACCCAGGCGCCGGAUUCCUCACACCAGGAGGGAAUCUUACACGUCUAACAAGCCUCUGAUUGCUCCAGUGAUGGACAAUGUACCGCGUGCGCUGGUGGAGGAGAAACAACAAGAGGCAGUUGCAAAGGAAGAAACAAUUCAGAUUAUGAAUGCAAAGAUACGUCGCAUGGAGCAUUUAUUAAGUUUAAAAGAUGUGAGAAUUGAAGAUUUAGAAGUUCGUCUUAGUAAUCUACAGCAAGCACAGUUGGGUCAGCACACAGGAAGAAUGUAGUCCUGACGACUGCUUGCCGCUCCCCAGGACACCUGUCAGCCAGGAGACAAGGGGGAGGGGGAGGGGGAGGGGAGGUCAUUCUGUGUGGGGAGGUGUCCUGGGGAGACUCAGGAACAGGGAGCAGUAACUGAGAAGUGAUAUUUGAAGGAUAAAUUGAACUGGAAGUGAAGAUAUUUAUAUGUUGUUAACAGAACAGUAUACUGUUUGCUUCAAUGGAUAAAUUAACAUAUUUACUUGUGAACUGUGGACUCCAGUCUUACUACGCAACAAUCAUGAGCUGCCUUUGAUAUAUGUUGUUAUUCUAAUGUAUUUGUACUUUUUGUUCUGAUUUUUUAAAACAAUUAUGAUAUUUGAAGUAGAAUUAUCACCGUAUGGAUCAAUACUACAUUCUUGAAAGAAUUUACUCAAAGAUAUAUUUGUCAUGAGAUUUUUUAAACACUUUUUAAACAUGUGUUUGAAGCCAAUGCUGUUUGUGUUAUCAAGCAUGUGAACUGGUCACUGUUUUGUAUGUACUAAAGUAUUCUGCGACAAAAGUGUUAUGAAUUCAAAUCAUGGAAGGAGUAUAAAGAGUUUGACUAAUAAUGUCACUUUUUGUAAGUUCAAAUUUUUACUACCAUGCGUUAGUUAUUGUGUCAUUGAGCAAAAUAAAUCAAAGUAUCUAGUAAAUUGAUUUUGAAUAUGUUAGUUCAGUUACACUUAUAAAGGUAGAUGUACCAGCAUUUGUUAGUUGUUGUUUGUUUUUACUGAGUGAAAUAUGUUUUAAUAUUUAGUUUUCUGUGUAAAAUUGUUGUUUCAUUGGCCUUUUCUUUAAUUGAGUUUUGGAUAGUUUGUUCAGUUCAGUUUAACAUAAAUCAAUGUUAGUCCAACAAAGAACUGCAAUUUGAUAUGGGGAUCUUUUGAAAUGUAGUGCUCUUAACACAUUGUUAGGCUUUCUACCAAGUGGGAUCAUUACAUUAUGAGUCUAGUAUGAGUUUCUUCCCCAAGCCUAAAACCAUGAAUAUAACAAGAAAUAGUGUGUAGUUGGUAUUCAUUCAUUAACAACUAAUGGAUGAAGUAUUUAUAUCUAGAUUUGUGUCUAUCUAGACCAUCACAAGCUGUAUUGACAUGCACAAAUAGAUAUGAUAUAUGCACUAUGACAUAGUGUAGUUUAAGUUAAUAAACACAUUAUUGUCCUCAUUCACUCUGAGCACCACCCACCCAACUUGUGAUUUUAAUUUAAGUCUUUGAUAUAUAUAAACUCUAUGCAUUUGCCCAGCAUUAACCUGAUGGAGGAGCAAGUAGUAGCACUGAAACGUUGUGACAAAGAAAAAAAAUUGUGUCAUGUAUUCAUGAUUUCAAUUUGUUGGACUCAGUUUCAAGGUAAAUGUUAGCCAAAAUUACCUAUUACCUCAUCUUGUUGUUUGUUUGAAGCCCCUGGGCGUGUUGCAAGAAGCAACUUAGUGGAUCGGGUGGUCAGCAUGGAUCAUCGCUCAAUAUCAUGGACUGAAUGUCUGAUUUACUGCCUGUUAUCAUACAGCUGGAAUAUAUGCAGAGUGCUUCGUUAAACAACAAACAAACAAACAAACAGUCUUUCUUAGAAAUACAUUAAAACAUAAAUUGACUCCCUGCUCACUUUUCAAGGAAAUAUUUGAAUAAUAAUCUGACAAUUGAUUCAUAUCAGCCUAAUGUAACAAUGGACCAAGAUCUAUUUCACAUUAACUCAAUUGUGAUAAAAUUGUGCCAUAUUGCACUGUUUUACAGAGUUACAUGGUGUUUAGCAUCGUUGUCAUUCUGUGUACCCAUUUCUGUGAUAUCCUGUACCUAUGUAUGUACUCAUUGUUAGCAAUGACUUUCUGACCAAAUAAACAUUGUAUAUUUUA